GGAAGGAUGGAGGAGGAAGUAGCAGAGUAGAAAGUAGGAUGGCUACUGCUGAGAACAGAGGUGGAGGGUGACUGUUGUGUGAAUGUAGCACACUCUUCUGUUCCGUUCUGCCGCAGCCUCCCGGGGGGAGGAGGAGGAGGUGGGUGAGGAGUAGGAGCAGGACCAGGAGGGGGAGGAGGAGGAGGUGGGUUGGUGUCGCUGCUGGGAUGGGGAAGCUUGACGUGGGACGUUCCUGGUCUGGAGCACCGCGGAUUUACUCCAGCUGGCACGGGCACCAUGGCAGGAAUGAAUGGCUCAUGGAAUGAGCAGGACCGGCGGCAGCGCCUGAUGGACAGGCGUUGAGAUCAGCUUUAACGGCGGCGGCUCAGCUUCGAAAUGUCAGCAGAAAAUGGCCGCAGUUGAAGCCAGCGGGUUGAGUGAGAGUGGCAGGCCGACAGGGGGCCUCCUGUGCCGGUGUGCAGCAGCAGUAGCGAGCCGCUGGCUGCAACUGCCGAUGGAGACACAGACAGUGAGACACCACCAGCAGCAGCAGCAGUAAUAACAGAACCAGUCCUGCUGGAAGGACUGAGCGGAACAUCUGAGUUCACGUUGGGAACAAAGCCACUUGACAAAAGUACAGAGACCACAAUGGAGAAGAGAGAAGCCAAACAUCAGCCUCUCACAUCAUUUCUGUUCAUGACACAGAUUCAACUUGACAAUAGAGUGGAGGACCUCAUCCAGUCCGAGUUCUGAUUUAUUUUUAUCGAUAUUUCUUCUACUUCAUAUCCACUGGAUACAUGUUACUUUUACAACACAAACAAAGCAGAAAACGGUAACAAAAAGUAAAAUCAGUCCAGAUCCUCUGCUCCAUUUCUUCACCCAUCCUUUCAUUUAUUUAUUUCUAUUUUACAAAUUCAUCCUUUUCAAUGUUUGUGGCUGAGCUUAGGGCCAAUCACAGCAGUUGGUGGGUGAGAUCAGGGUUGGUCAGUCAACCGCAGGGCCAGAAAAACAGACUGACAGUCAUGUCUGCCACAUUCAUGGUCAACUGAGAGUUGUUGAAGAGUUGGAUGAAGUUGGAGUACUUUCAGUAAAUACAUGUACAUACAGACCUGCAAACUCUGUCCAUCAGCUUACUGCAGGGCUUCAAACUGGUAAUCUUAUGCUGGAAGGCAGCAGCAGAGAGCGCUCUUCUGUGUAGCCCUCAUUCACUUCAUUAAAUAUAUACAGCGGCCUGUGGCGUCCUCGGUGAAUAAAUAAUCCCAUUAAUGACAAUGAGGCGGUGUGUAGGUGUGUGAGUGUGUUUCUCAGAAUGGCUUCAUUCAUGUAGAAAAAGUUUGUCAAAUACUGAUGACAGCAGCAGUCAGGAGUGAAGAGCUGAACAGAAAAACUUUUCUGCAUUUGUGAGAUGAUGAUGUCAUUUUUUUUAUUUGGAUUCAUGGAGAAAAGUGCACAGCUCAGCAUUUUGCAGUUGAACAAUUGCAGUGUACUGUAUAUUAAUAUUGAACAAUAACCACAGUCACAGAGUAUUUGAAAAAAAAUAGGUAGUGAAUGUAGACACCCUUCUGCAGUGUGGGGGGGGGGUCAGUCUGUAGUAACAACUGUGUUCAGAGGCACGUCUCACAUUAAUUUGAUGAUAAAAUAUGAUUUAUGACACGUAAUGAGUUCAGUAUGCAAAUAAUGAAUCCUUUGUGUUUUGGUUGUAUAUGUACCACGUGUGUGCGACAGAGAGAGAGAGAAGGGGGUGAGGGAGGUUGACCUCAUAUGCACUCGGCUGUUUGCACAGAUGUAGAACUAGUGUGCUGUAAUAGUACUUCCUGUGCACAGACUGUAAAACUGUGCUUUAAGAAUGAGGUUGUUUACGUCCGUUGAUGUCACUCUUAUGUCACUGUGUAAUAGACGAUAAAUAAAUAAAUAAAUAAAUAUGGCUUCUUUUUUGCACACAAAAACAGUUUCACUGUGCGUUGCUUUAGUUCUUUCUGUCACUGACAUGUUGACUCACAGUUUGUAAUGUCUCUUCAUUUUUACAAUACAUUCAAAUUAUUAUUUUAUUAUUAAUAAACCAGUAAACAGUUUACUUUAUCAUACGGCACAGAUCAAAAUAGAAAUUUUAAUAUUACAUUUUUACAGAGGCGUGACAUGUUUCUAAUGAAGAGUUUUCAUUAUCACUUUUAAAUCUAAAAGCAAUAUUUGACAUGUUCUCAAAAGUUCUUCAAAUUAAUUGUUGACUGAAUCAAUGAAGUGACACAGGCGUAAAGUCAAACAGCCUGUUGUUUAUUUUUCAGAGUUUUGAAAUAAAGGAACUGAUAUUUGGUCUGUCAUUUAUAUAAUCUAGACCCAGCUCUAAUUCCAGACUAGAUUUAUUCCGACGGUCAGUUUGGUAACGGUAACUGUAACGGUUUGUGGCAAACAUGAAUGAACUGUGACGGCGCCAUGUUCUAAAGGGUCAUGGACAGCCAUGAUGUCAUGUUUAUAUAAAGAGCAGCUCUGAACAGCUGUUUCCAGAAUGAACUCAUCUUUAACAGAGAAGUGACUUAACAUUUUUAUUUUUGGGGGGUGCUUGGGAGGGGGCUGAUUGAAUGGCCGCAGCUUAAAAAGACCCAAGUGGAAACACUGACGACAUAUUUUGCUAAGUUCUUAUUUACAGUUUACGAUUAAAAGAGCAAAUGCAGAGGGGGCCCUGCCGCGGGUACAGCCCCGGGACCUCAAAGUCCUCACUCCGCCCCUGCAUAUACAAACGUGCCAGUGUAUACACUGUACGGCAUAUACUUGUGUGUGUGCUGACCGUGUGUCAGCUGUCAGUGCGGCUCACUUCACCCGGUGGAGUCAGGAUCCUCACAUGAACCACGCUCCUUCCGCUGCUUUCGCUGCCGCUGCUGCUUCUUUAAGCCCUCGGUCUGGGCUGGGCCGACCUCAUAACGUCAUUUCACUUUUUUCCUUUUUAUUCUUCGCCUCCUCAUCGUCGGUCCUCUCUCACCCAGCUCCAGCCUCCCUGCUCCCUCACACCUCCGGCCAUGAUUACGCACAACUUUCUCUGCGCUUUUCCCCCCGCGGGGCUUUUUUCCGGGACCGCAACUUUUGUGGCGCGUCAUCAUUUCUGGAGUUAACGCAGGCAGAAGCGGAUCUCUCUCCUUCCAGAAAAACACAGCCGGACUUUCUGUGAAGGCAGGAAAUGCAGCCUUUUCUCUCCAGUAACCCGCAGGCAGCGGUAGCAGCGGCGGUGCUGAAGUGAAGGAAGCAGAGAGGGAGAUAGAAGAGAGGGAGAAAGAGAGGGAGAAAGAGAGGGAGAGAGAACGUGGAUGACGACGGCAGUGGAAACAAUGAAGGAUCUGAGCUCAGGGAUGUUUGAGUUCAGGCGGAUUGUGCUGCUCUAAUCCUGCUGCUGCUCUUUCAAGAUGAUGUUUUCUCCUCUGUCCCUGGCUCAGGAUGAGUUCCAUCCGUUCAUUGAGGCUCUGCUGCCCCAGGUCCGUGCCUUUGCCUACACAUGGUUCAACCUUCAGGCCAGGAAAAGGAAGUACUUCAAAAAACAUGAGAAAAGGAUGACCAAAGAAGAAGAGAGAGCGGUGAAAGAUGAACUGCUGGGGGAGAAGGCGGAGGUCAAACAGAAGUGGGCCAGUCGUCUCUUGGCCAAGUUGAGGAAGGACAUCAAACCUGAGUGCAGAGAAGACUUUGUGCUGUCUGUCACUGGGAAGAAGGGGGCGUGUUGUGUCCUGUCCAACCCUGACCAGAAAGGCAAAAUGAGACGCAUAGAUUGUCUCCGACAAGCUGACAAGGUGUGGAGGCUGGACCUGGUCAUGGUGAUCCUGUUUAAAGGAAUCCCUUUGGAAAGCACAGAUGGAGAGCGGCUUGUGAAGGGAGGUCAGUGCUGUAACCCCCUGCUGUGUGUGCAGCCUCGACACAUCUCCGUCUCCGUCAAAGAGCUGGACCUUUACCUCGCUUACUACGUCCAAGAGAGAGAGACGGAGCAGAGCAGCAGUCCCAGUCGAACAGGUGGGGGGUCUGAUCAGGAGGACAGUCGGACAGCCACCAUGGAUGGCCCAGAGUUCCAGGAGAGCUUUGUGACAUCAGGGGUUUUCAGUGUCACCGAGCUGGUCCAGGUCUCCAGAACCCCAGUGGUCACAGGAGUUGGACCCAGUUUCUCAGUGGGCGAGCUCCAGGGUCACCUGGCGUAUGACCUCAACCAGUCUGUCAAUCAACCAGUCAGUGUCAGACGAUCAUUAGCCAGCACAUCAUCCAGCGGGAGUAAGCGUCACAAAUCUGGCUCCAUGGAGGAGGAGGCCGACAGUCCUGCAGGAGAGUAUUACCACUCACCAUCAUCUCCUGCCAGCAGCUCCAGGAACUGGACUGACGACAUGGAAGGAGGUCUGUCUCCCCCAGUAAAGAAGGCUGAACUCGACAGUCCGUCUCCCCAGGAAGACUCACCCAGACUGGGAACCUUCACCCAGCACCACCGUCCAGUCAUAGCUGUUCACAGUGGUCUCUCCCGGAGUACUCACCCGUCCUCAUCUCUUCAUUUUCCAACCUCGUCCUACUUCCCCCAUGGAGCAAUCAGAUACCCCCCUCACAUGGCCCAGGACCCUCUCAAAGACCUGGUCUCCCUGGCCUGUGACCCUGCUAACCAGAGUCCGAGCUCAUUGAAUGGCAGCAGUCAGAUUAAAGUGCCCAGUCACUACAUCUCCUCUCAGAUGUUGGCUCCUCCUGGACCAGCAUCCUCUCUGGCUCCUAACCCAUCCUCCCUCACCAGGCCGACCCUGUCAGCAGAGUCCAAACCCAGCACCACGUCCUCCGCUGACGGUGGUCCACAUUCUCCCACAUCACCCACCUACUCUGCUCCUGGGACACCUCCUGCCAGUCGACCCUCUUUCGUUGGAGUCACCCCUCGGGACCCAGGUGGACUGUACCAAGCCCAGUCCUGGUAUCUGGGGAACUGAUGACGCUGCAGAGGAUGACGGAGGACAAAGGUCAGCCAUGUGGUCACUGUCCAGUCCAGUUUGAGCAGGUUUACUUACAUAUAUGUAAAUAUACAGUGAGUUUAUAUUUACACAUGUGUACGCUCUGAAUGAAGACCACCAGGAUGGAAAGGUUUGGCUGCCCCCUCUGCCCCUCCCCCACUGUUGUCUGUUCUGCAGCCACAGUAAGGACAACGCUGUAAACGUAUGGUUCUCACUAAAGACCACUGACGUGGGAGCAUUGGAUCCACGCUGAUGUUCUGGAGGGUCUGGUGGACUAUGGACCAGAACCAGAACCAGGCCGUGACUGUCCAGAUCUUGAUAAGCCCAUGAACUAAUGGCAUUUCCAGAAUGAGGCCUGUUUUCCUGGGACGGACGUCCGCCUUUAAAACCUUGCACCUUGGUUCCUUUUCACCGAGUACGGUCAAAAGAAAGGCCUGAACCCUGGGACUGAUGUAGACUCUCCCCCAACCCAACACCCAGAAUGCCUCCCCGACUCCCCUAGCCUUCUUCGCUGCAGGUGCUGCUUCUAAUAUAUGCAAAUAAGCCUCCUUUAUUUUCUCAAUAGACGAGCGAGAGAGAGAGAGAGAGACCCCUGCUGUUAAUAAUGUAAAGUUUGUUUCUUUGCACUUUUUGAUAUGUUAUUGAUACGGACAGGAAAAAAAGAAAAUGAAGAGUUGGAAACAGCGCCAUCUUUUUUUCCCUCCCUCUCUUCCCACCAAAAGACAGAGGCUUUGACUUUUUUUACUGACAAUCAUCCAGCUCCAACCAUUACGUUGCGUCACCAAGGCUCAUCUUUCUACGACUGACUGUGCUGAUUUU